AUGGCGCGCGAGAGACAGGCGAGAGACAGACAGAUCGAGGGGGGGGACGCGGACAGCGGAGAGGACCAAGACAGACGUCACGGACGAGGAAGCGCGGAGAAGCGGCAACGCUCCCAAAGCGACGGGGAAUCAACUCAACGUCGAAGGGAGAAACAGCUGAAGCGCCGCCGAACGAGGGAGAAGCGAUCACGGACGAGGGAUCCGUCGACCGCCAAAGUUUUGGCGUUUGAAGACCAAGAGACGACUUGCGCAGCCGGAAGUUUCAACAAAAGUGCCGGCGAAGGGCGGGGCUGGGGUAAGCGGGGGGCAGAAUAA